AUGACUGGUGCCUACUCAGCUGCAUUAAGCACUCCUGCUUCAUGGCAGCUGAAGAGGAACAUGUCCUAUCUGUGCCCUGCUGCCACAGCUAAUGGUGGUGCACAGCCCUGCAGCUGGCCUCUUCACAAGCGCCGCGAAACUGCACCUUCGCUGCCAGUCUUGAUCUACGAUGGCCUGGACAGGGUAAUCGACAGGUUCCUAGAUCCACCGGAGCUGCGACCAUCAGUCGACCCUAGUCGCGUGCUGUCCGGCAACUUCGCCCCUGUUCCUGAGCUGCCACCGACGCGCUGCCCCGUCGUGCGUGGAUCCAUCCCGCCAUGCCUCGCCGGCGGCGCGUACAUCCGCAACGGGCCUAACCCGCAGCACCGCCACCUCGAGCGGACGUACCAUCUCUUCGACGGCGACGGCAUGCUCCACUCCCUCCUUCUCCCCUCUCCCUCGUCGACACUGCUGCCGGAGCCCGUGCUUUGCUCGCGCUACGUGCGUACGAACAAGUAUCUCCUGGAGCGUGAGGCCGGAGCAGCGUUGUUUCCCAACUAUUUCGCUGGCCUCCAAGGGGUGGCUGGCCUGGCCCGUGCGGUGGUCAUGACUGCUAGAUCGCUAACGGGGCAAAUAGACAUGAGUAGGGGCUUUGGGCUGGCUAACACCAGCAUCACUUUCUUCACUAAACGGCUGUAUGCACUAUGGGAAUCUGAUCUUCCAUAUGCAAUGGGUAUCAACCCAGCCACUGGAGAGGUGACCACGCUUGGCCGAAGCGAUUUUGACAAUCAGCUCAUCAUUGGAAUGACAGCGCACCCAAAGAAAGACCCAGUGACCGGGGAGUUAUUUGCUUUCCGAUAUAGUAUGCUCCAGCCCUUCAUCACAUACUUCUGGUUCGACAUGGCUGGCAACAAGUCCAGUGAUGUGCCGAUCUUCUCCUCGCAACAACCAUCAGUGAUGCAUGACUUUGCGAUCACAGAGCGGUAUGCCAUCUUCCCAGAGACACAGCUCGUUAUGAAGCCGAUGAACAUGGUGCUAGGUGGUGGCUCAUUUGUUGGAUUGGACCAUUCCAAGGCACCACGUAUUGGUGUGCUCCCAAGGUAUGCCAAGGAUGAGUCAGAGAUGAGGUGGUUCGAUGUCCCGGGAUUCAAUUUGAUGCACACAACAAAUGCAUGGGACGAGGCCGACGGUGAGGAGAUUGUGCUGGUGGCACCCAACAACCUAUCCAUUGACCACAUGCUAGGAAACAUGGAGCUCUUACAUGCUCGUGUUGACAUGCUACGCAUAAACCUCAACACCGGUGAUGUGUCGUGCACCGCACUAUCACCAGAGAGCCUCGAGUUUGGUGUGGUUCACCAGGGCUAUGUUGGCCGGCAGAACCGCUAUGGGUACUUUGGUGUCAGUGGCCCGAUGCCAAGGAUUUCUGGGAUAAGAAAGCUUGACUUUGAUUGCGUUGGUACCGGUGACUGCACGGUUGCACGACGAGACUUUGGUCCUUGGUGCUUUGCCGGGGAGCCAUUUUUCGUGCCUGACAACAUCAACGGAGAUGGCAAUGAGGAUAGCGGCUAUGUGUUGUGCUACACACAUGAUGAAGUCACCGCAGAGAGUCGAUUUGUCGUGAUGGAUGCGAGGUCUCCAGAGCUAGACAUUGUUGCUGAGGUGCAGUUGCCUAGUCGUGUCCCCUAUGGCUUCCAUGGUCUCUUUGUCACACAAGCCGAGCUACUUGCGCUGCAUCAAUAAUCAUAUUCAUAUAUACCAAAAUCACUGUAACCCCUUUAGAAUUAUAGUACAACAAAUAUCGUUAUAUGUAUCCAUUCUCCAUUACAUAUGAAUUAUUGCAAAAGGAAGAUGAACUAUGGAAGAUUGAGCAUAAAUUCUUCCAUGGUCUAGGUCCAUUUAUUUUAUCCUCAUGGAUAACCAUACAUGUGAGAAGGGAUUAAUUAUAGGGCAAGCCCUUACAUAUCAGGCACCUGACCGCGUGCAAAACAUCGGGUUGCAUCCAAUGUUGUCUGAUCCUAUUGUCUCUCACACAUUCCACCUCGUUCGAAUGAAACAUUCCUCUAUUAACCUGCCGAAACAUAUGCAUGCUUUAGUUGCAAAAUGUCUG